CAUGUUACUAACACCUGUUGGAAUUGAUUAUCAAAGAUACCCAUCAGGACAGGCAGAAUCACAUGCAUGACACUAAUACUAAAAAUAUGGAAUAACUAUAUAUAAAUAUAACAUGGGUCCUUUUAGGGAUCCUGGCCACAGAAAAGUAUUUGUACUGAACACUAAGCUUCCAUGGCCACCCUGUGUACACCAUUGAGUUGAAGAGAAGAUUUGAUUGGGUUCAUUUAGAUGCAAGAAACUUUAAUGACAUAAACAAAUCUGAAAGUCUGUGUCUUAGACUAUAGUAAUGUAAUUCUUUGUUAGUAACUUUGAAUCUAGUAUUGUGCGAAGGGACAUAUGCACACAGAGAGUAGGAUGGAAGGUAUGGACAGAUGGACAAACAGGAAUAGGGAAAGAGAGAGAUACAUGGUAGAUAACCUUUAGAAAAUUCCUGUCAUAUUACCAGACCACUCCUUACACAGGGUGAGAACAUCAUCUCUCAUCUUCCUUGUUAUAGUCCUGACUGAAAUUAUCCUCAUUAAUACAACAAUAAAGAUGCCACCAUCACUCUACCCAGACUAAGAUUUCAUAACUAAGACUUUGAUGGAGCCGUGAGACAGAAGAUAAGCUCUUAAAAGAAAAACAGUCACCUGUGCCUGAAAGGGAAGUGUCGACUCCUGUGAUCAGCAGAAAUCCAGUAUAUUCCACAAAGGAUCUCCUAAAGAUGCUUUCACCCACAAACAGCAGGAAAUAAUUUUAAGAACAUGACGUCCACAAUCCCAAGAGGUGAUAUGAAAAUUGCAGUUCUAGAGGGAGCUGAGGUCACAGAAUCCUAGACUUCUACCUCAGGCUUGAAGUGACUCCCUUAUAUUAUUGCGUGUAAAUCUGCCCAAUGAAUCCAACAUUGUGCAGUGGCCAAAAGCCAGGGGAGUACUUCAUAUUUUAACCUGAGCAUUAGAUCCAGCAAAGAAGAGAAGCAUGAGUAAGUGCUCAUGUUCAGCGAUGGGAAUGAGGAGGAGAAACAGAUCUGUGGAACAAACAGAGAAAUCAGAAGAAUAAUUCUAUAGCUAAGAGUCCAACAUCAUAUUGUCCCAAAUGCUGCAUUUUAUGAAAAUUAAUGAACAUUCUUCUAGCAAUACAAGCAGUCUGAGGUAUUGAGCAAUCCUAGAGUAACAAAUAUGGAAAGUAACUACUAUCAACAUUUUGGGAUGAGGCCUUUUUGUGUAGUCUAGGCUGGACAUCAACUCCUGAGUUUAAAGGAUUCUCUAUUUAAGCCUCUUAGCAGUAGAGGUUUCUUCUUCCACAAUAAAUCCGCAAGUAUUUGUUUUAUUCAUUUUGCUAAGACAAAUAACUUGUCCACAAUCUAAAGGAAAUUGUUCCAAAUCACAUAAUGAACUUGUGGAACCUCAUAAUCAGAAUCAUUUUCUUGUCACAAACUACAAUUGGAAUUCUGGGAAAUUUCUCUCUUAUAUUCUACUAUCUAGUCCUUCACUAUAGAGAAUGUACAUUAAAGCCCACAGAUUUGAUUCUCAUGAAUCUAAUGACAGCCAAUGUCAUGAUCAUUCUCUCUUCAGGAGUACCACACACAAUGACUCGUUUUCUGUUGAGGCAAUUACUGAAUGAUUUUGGAUGUAGAUUAAUUUUAUACAUUCAAAGAAUUGGCCGGAGUAUGUCCAUUGGAACCUCCUGUCUCUUGAGUGUCUUCCAGGCCAUGACCAUCAGUCCCAGGGAAUCCUUUUGGAAGAAUCUCAGAGUCAAAGCUGCCAAGUACAUUGGCUGCUUCAUUAUCCUCCUCUGGUUCUUCUACAUGUCGAUGCAUUUCAUUUUCUUUAUAUAUCCAGUUACCAAAAGAAAUAACAAAAACAUGACAAAAACGCGAGAUUUUGGACACUGCUCUAUUGUAGUUCACAAUGAAAUCAGUGACUCACUCUUUGCAGCAUUAGUGAUGAUCCCUGAAGUCUUUUUCUCUUUGCUCAUCACCUGGACCAGCGGAUCCAUGAUUGUCAUUCUGUACAGACACAAGAAAAGGGUUCAACAUAUCCACAGCACUCAUACUUCCAGCAGAACCUCCCCUGAGUCCAGAGCCACCCAGAACAUCCUGACACUGGUGUCUACCUUUCUGUUUUUUUAUACAUUCUCCUCCAUCUUACAAGGCUGCAUUGCUCUUUUGUAUAAUCACAGCUGGUGGCUGUUGAACAUCUCUUGCCUUACUUCUCUGUGUUUUCCCUCUUUGGGGCCCUUUGUUUUUAUGAAUCAUUACUUCACUGUGUCCAGAUUAAGUUGGUCCUGGAUCAGGAAUAAACAUCGUUCAAUUUAUUUUAAGUAUGUAAGUGAUGUUUUAUGUGGAUUCAUGUCUUUACUCACCCAUCACCCUCAAAAAGUCAAUACAGAAAGAUAAGUAAGUAGCAGCAAGUUUUUUUUAAGAAUCAUGGGAGUUUUUUCAGCUGGAUAAAUUAGCAGUCAACAUGAACUGAUCAUCUUGUGUGUGACCCAUUAUACUCUUCAACUUACAGAGUCUUCCUCUUUCCCAUGUGAUAUGCAAAUGAGCUAGCUAACUCACUGCCAAUGUAGUUACCUUUCUUGCGGUUUUCAUCC